AUGGUGCAACGAAACGGCGCGGCCGUUCGGUCCGCCAACGGCCCUGCAGCCCGAGAUGUCGACGAGACGAGCCGGCUGCUACCCAAUGACCUGGAAGAAGAAUACAACAAGCCAGUAUGGGACGGCCUGGCCGAAUAUGAACACCUGCCACGGUGGCGCAGACCUUCCAUCUUCUGGUUGAUGGGACCCUAUGCCAUCUUCACCUUGGCAUUUGGCGGCAUCAUCGUCCCCAAGGUCACCCUAAUCUUCGACCUCGUCUGCGACAAAUACUACGCCGACAAGGCCGCCGCCGACCCCACCUUCCACCCGUCCCCGAUCAUGGGCGCCGACAACCCGCAGUGCAACGACCCGGAGGUGCAGAAAAAGGUGGCCGAAUUCAUGCUCGUCAUGAACCUGCUUACAGGCACCCUCAGCGCCAUCACCGCGCCCAAGCUCGGCAAGCUCUCGGACCGCUUCGGCCGCCGGCGCCUGCUCGCGCUCGCCUCCGUCGGCGGCAUCCUCGCCGAGUUCAUCACCAUCCUCGCCGCCAAGUUCCCGAAGACCGUCGACUACCGCUGGCUCGUCCUCGGCGCCUUCUUCGACGGCCUCACCGGCUCCUUCACCAGCGGCAGCAUCCUCGGCCAGGCCUACGUCAGCGACUGCACGCCCCCCUCGAAGCGCGCCGUCUACAUGGGCUACCUCCACGCCUGCCUCUUCACCGGCAUCGCCCUCGGCCCGCUGCUCGCCGGCUACUUCAUCAAGGUCACCGGCAGCGUCCUCACGCUCUUCUACGUCGUGCUCGUCUGCCACGCCGCCUUUGCCACGUUUGUCGGCCUCAUCAUACCCGAGUCGCUGUCGAAGCGCCGCCAGCAGAUUGCGCUCGACAACCACACCAGGGAGAAGGAGGCGCGCGCGCGCAGCUCCCAGCCGUGGCUCGCGACCUUGCGCAACUACCACCCGUUUGAGCCGCUCGCAAUCCUCUGGCCGACCGGGCCCGGCACGUCGACGAGGCUGCGCAUCAACCUGGUCGCCCUGGCCAUUACGGAUGCCGUCAUCAUGGGCUCCAUGAUGUCCAUCGGCGCCGUCCUCAUCCUGUACACAAAGUACAUGUUUGACUGGGACACGUUUGAAAUCUCCAUCUUCAUAUCCGGCCUCUCCUCCAUCCGCGUGUUGGUGCUACUCGGCGUCUUCCCCUUGAUCAACUACUGGUUUCGCAUACGGCCACGACGUCGCCGCGAGCGGGAGACAGGCCAAGCCUAUGUCGAAAAGACGAGCGGCGCGGACAGUGUGGAUAUCUGGGUGUUGCGCGCCGCGCUGCUCUCUGACACACUGGGCGCCGUGGGCUACGCGCUGUCCCGCAGCCAACCGCUCUUCGUCCUCAGCGGCAUGGUCACGGCAGUAGGUGGCCUGGGUAGCGCCACGAUCCAGUCUGCCAUUACCAAGCAUAUUCCGCCAUCGUCGGUAGGACAGGUUCUGGGCGCCGUAGGCAUGCUCAAUGCUCUUCUUCGUGUCGUCGGCCCCGUUCUCUUCAAUGGCGCUUACGCCAUGACGGUCAAGACCUUCCCGCAGGCUGUCUUUGUGAUGCUACUCUGUCUCUUCAGCCUCGGGCUGCUGGCUACCUUUGUCGUCCGGCCCCAUGUUGUCUGGGAGCACGAAAACGAGGCGCCGAAACCGCCUGCUGAUGAGAUACCCGAAGCUGCUGCUCUGGCUCAAGAGACCGAACCACUGAUUGGCUAA